AUGUCGCACUCCAAAGUAGUUAUUAUCGGCUCCGGCCCCGCCGCCCACACUGCCGCCAUCUACCUCUCGCGCGCAGAACUCCAGCCUGUUCUCUAUGAGGGCAUGCUUGCCAACGGCACCGCUGCUGGUGGCCAGCUCACUACUACCACUGAGAUUGAGAACUUCCCAGGUUUCCCCGCAGGCCUCGGCGGCGCCGAGUUGAUGGAUAACAUGCGCAAGCAGUCCGAGCGUUUUGGUACCGAAAUCAUCACCGAGACCAUCUCAAAGCUGGACCUUUCAGAGCGUCCCUUCAAGCUGUGGACCGAGUGGAACGAUGGUCCCGAUGACAAGCCCGCUCGCACUGCCGACGCUGUUAUCAUUGCCACUGGCGCCAAUGCCCGCCGCCUCAACCUCCCCGGAGAGGAAAAGUUCUGGCAGAACGGUAUCAGUGCCUGCGCUGUCUGCGAUGGUGCCGUCCCUAUCUUCCGCAAUAAGCCCCUCUACGUUAUUGGUGGUGGUGACUCCGCUGCCGAGGAGGCCAUGUUCCUGACCAAGUACGGCAGCCACGUCACCGUCCUAGUCCGCAAGGAUAAGCUGCGCGCUAGCAAGGUCAUGGCUGAUCGUCUUCUUGCCCACAAGAAGUGCACUGUUCGCUUCAACUCUGUCGCUACCGAGGUUUUGGGAGAGGAUAAGCCUAACGGUCUCAUGACCGGUCUCCGUGUCAAGGAUAUCAUCUCCGGCGCUGAGGAGACCGUUGAUGCCAACGGUCUGUUCUACGCUGUCGGCCACGACCCCGCUAGUGCCCUGGUAAAGGGCAAGGUCGACCUUGAUGAGGAUGGAUACAUCGUCACUGUCCCCGGUUCCAGCCUUACCAGUCUGCCCGGUGUUUUUGCUUGUGGUGACGUUCAGGACAAGCGCUACCGCCAGGCUAUCACCAGUGCUGGCUCCGGCUGCAUGGCUGCUCUGGAUGCUGAGAAGUUCAUCGCUGAAUCCGAGUGA